CUUGAAACAGUGACAGCCAUAAGGGGUAUACAUAAAGGUCAAAAUAAGCAGCAAAUACAGAAUGAGCUGGACUGCGCAUAAGGACUUUGUCAUAUUUGUCAUCUUACUCUUCGGUUUUCAAGUGUCCCAGAGUUGGGCGCUGUAUGAAUGGGGAGGGGAAUACACUCAGGAGACCAUCUGCGGUCUGACAGGAACCACGGUGAUCCUCAACUGCUCCUUCUGGUACCCAAAAACACACGACGGCCACAUCAUAAAGGUUGAAAAGACACUGUGGUUCACCAAUGGUAACAACGAUCAACCUGAAGAUCUGACGAAGGACUCCAAGUAUACUGAUCGUCUAGACCUGAACUGUCAAGGCAACUGGUGCACUUUGUCAAUCAGAGAGCUGAGAAAGAGUGACGAGGGCAAAUACAAGUUCAGAUUCAUAACGAACGCGACCGGAGGACAAUACACUGUCACGUCUGGAGUCACUCUGAAAGUCACUGAUCUCACUAUACAAAAGCCAAUUUGGAAAAAAUUGAGUUGUCACAGUGAGUGCCGUUUGGACUCUCCUUCGUACAUUUGGUAUGAGAAUGGAAAGAAAAUACCAAACUUGAACUCCAAAAAGACCAUUUCACCAGUAGAUUACCGCAGCUACUCCUGUGCUUUAAGAGGACACGAACAGCAUUUGUCUCCUCCAGUGUGUUGGGGCCAUCCAUGUGACAAGGUGGAUUAUGACCACAAAAAUAUCUGCGCCCUCAAAGGCUCCGAUGUGGACAUUACUUGCACUUACAGCCACCACAAGACGGUACGGGAAAAGUCCUGGUUCCGCCCAGACAAUGGCAACACUUGGAAUGUUCCAUCAGUGUCUACGACAUGGCAGUUGUACCACCGGUAUUUCACUCAUGAUAGCAGGUCACAAUCAUAUCUACGAAUCAUAAAUGUGACAGAGAGUGAUUCUGCAGAGUAUCGCUUCACAUUCUCAGAAUGGGGAAGCGAUUUACCUGGAACAACAUUGACAGUAACAGCUGCGCAGGUGCAGGUGAUCAAGGCCGAAAACAAAGAUUCUUACACGGUCGCUUCGCUGUCCUGUCACACAAGUUGCAGUCCUGCAUCAUAUUCGUAUUGGUGCUGGGUGAAGGAUGGACACGAAAAUGUUGGCUGUCCAACUUGGAAAAAAGAACAGCAAAUCACUUUACAUCCAGGAGAAUACAUCACCUGUGCUGUUGGAAAUAAUCCUUUAAGUUUCUCUCCUCCAUUGUAUGCUCUGGAAGCCCCCAGAGUGCUCUUGAGUAAUAAAAGUGAGAUCUUGGAGGGUGAUCUACUGACUCUUACCUGCAUAGCUGACACUCCAACAUCAUCGAGACACCGCUGGUACAAGAAAUGCAGAACGUCAGACUGUGAGGUCAUGAGAUAUGGAGAAAAGCUGGUAUUCAGCUCCAUCCAGUCUUCAGAUUCAGCUGAGUAUUUUUGUGCUGUGGAGAAUGAUCUGGGGGAGAAGAUGUCGCAAUCCGUCGUAAUUGAUGUGAAAUAUGCUCCAAGGUUCUCUAAUUUUCUGGUGAGUCCAUCAAAUGUCACCGAGGGACAGCCAGUGAAUCUUACCUGCAGCAGUGAUGCUAACCCAGCUGCUAGCUACACCUGGUACAAGGACCAAACUAUGCUUCAGGAUUCAGAAAGAAAUUACUACACUUUUCAAUCCAUCAGCGCUAAAGAUGCUGGAAGCUUCUACUGCAAGGCCCGCAAUAAAUAUGGAAACGUCAUCUCUUCACAGGUGGUCGUAGACAUCCAAUAUGUUCCUCAGCUACCAAGCAUCUCAGCGAGACCCUGUACUAACGUCAGCAUGGGUUCUACGGUCAGAUUGACGUGUACCAGUGAUGCUAACCCCGCCGCUAGCUACUUUUGGUUCAAGGACCACGAGGAGUCUCCCAGAUCCACGGAAGCCAUGUUCAACAUAAUCAACUUCCAACAGGACAACGAGGGCGAGUAUCACUGCGUGGCCCGAAACUCCCAAGGAAGCCGGAAUGCCACAGUCCUGCUCCGAGCAGAGAAAUUCAGGUCAUGGUCACAGGGUGCUCUAACAGCAGUGGCUGUGCGUUACGCCACAACCGGCCUCCUGCUCAUCCUGCUUUUAGUCACCGUCCUGCUAUUCUGGAAAAAGACUACAUCAAAAGGCAGGAUGCACUCCAAAUCUCAGCCAAACACGAGUGAAGACAGCAGCAGGGAUCAACUGGAGGAGCUGAUGGCAUUCUCCGAACACUCUCCAAUCAAUUCCAAUGUCACCAAUGACAAAACAGACCACGAUGAGGAUGACUACGAAACUGUGGUGGACACAGUCAUCAAAUGUGGUGGCCAAGCCUCAGGAUGAGUUCUGCAUCGUUCUUUUCACCUCUUUAAACAUCGUUUAAAUGACUCUUAUUCGUCUAGGGACUAAAAUUGAUCCCGACAUCCAUGAUUGGUCCACAACAAUACCCCCAAUCCAUUCUGAUACUGCACAUGCAUGAGUAAAACUGUUCACAAGUCUAAAUACCCAUGCCUGAAAUUAUUCAGAAAGUUGGCAAAUUCGGGUUUGAUGAAGCCAUUUUGGGCCAAUUACCUUAAGAGUAACGCAUGGAAAAGUACAAUAGAAAUUCAAACUUUGAAAUCAGUUCUUCCCGCUGACACCAAAUUGGGAGAACAAGAGGCACGAGAAAUUGCGAAGAUUUGAGGGUACUUAAAGAAAAAUAUACAUUUCCGGCCACAACACGACCAGUUGCACCGAUCCAAAACUGGAUAGACAUCUAUCAUAACAGGAUGCACCAAAUAGUGUCACCUAAAAUAUUCACCGUUUUCUUUUUAAACCAUUUAAAAGUAAAAUGGUUCUAAAAUGGCUUCAUGUCUGUUAAAUUUAGUUUAGCUUUGUUUUUUUGCUGGAUGUUUUUUUGUUGUUGUUUUUUUUUGUACUCCAAUGCAAUUACAGUAAAUGCAUUUUUACUGCACUACCAAUAUGAAUAUGUGUGUAUUACUUGAUCUAGUCAUCCACCAAAUUCUAUUCAAAUAAGAAGUAUCAUUUUGGGACAUAUAUUUUUAUGAUUACAUGUAAAUAAAUAAAUAAAUCAUUACAAAGCCUCAAAUUAUAUGGCUUUAUCUAACCCAUUUCCCUCCAGGUUUUUCCCACAAACAUUUAACCGUGCAAACAUGUAUCAUUGGUGGCCUCU